AUGUCUGCUGUUGAAACUGAAAUUGAUUCUGAAAAUCUAAAUAGAUUUAAUGGUAUUGUCCAAAAUUUACCAAUUAGAACAAAACUAACUAUUUCUUCAUUAUGUUUAUUAGAUAAUAUAUCCACUCAAUUAUUAAGAUUUUUAAUCUUUAAUUCUAAUUCACCACAAGUUAUUGCUUUAUAUACUGAACAUGGUACUUAUUUAAGUUCAGGUGAAACUGAAAUUUUUCAAACGUUAUUCAAAUUAUUUAGACAAGUUCGUUUAAUCUAUAACACUAGAUCACCUUUAUUACAAGUUCAUGAUGUUGCACCAGGUCUUUGGUUUCCAAAUUCCCCUCCACCUUCUUUAUUAAAAGGUCACGAAGCUUAUAUUAUUACUGCUAUACGUAAAGCUAAUUUAUUGACAUUUAUAUUGACAACUUUAGGUUGUUUCUCUUAUGGAUUUGAAUUAUUACAAUCAUCUUUCCUAGAUAUAUUUUGUCCAAACACUAUGUUUACAGGUACAGAUUCAACUGAUCAAAUUGGAAAAUUUUUAAAAUCUCAAGCUAUACUAUAUUUAGAUUUAAAGACUCAAGCUUUUAUUGCAGGUCUUAGGGAUUGUAAAGGUGAUUCUAAUGAUAUCCCAGAUGAUAAGAAAUUAGAAUUAUUACAAGAAAUUUUCCCAAAUAAUUUAGCUAACCAAUUAAUUUCAAGAAGAACUGGUUCAAAUGAAAUUAAUGAAAAUGAUACAAUGACACCAUCAGAAGAAGAUUUUAUUGAAAGAUGUGAACGUCGUAAAGAAAAUUUAUCAAAAUUCACUAAAUUUGACGAUUUAAUGGAAUCUCAUGAUUGGAAUCAUUUCAUUAAAGAAAUUCUUGAUUAUUGUAAUAGAAAUAUGGGUCUUAUUAUUUGGGGUAGAAAAGGUCGUGGAAAAUCUCCAUUAUAUGCAUUUGAUAAAAAUGAAUUUGAUAACCAAGUAUUAUAUUCAAGUGGUGCUGUUGCGCCAGAUGGUAAUGAAGGCGAUGGGGAUAAUAGCAAUACUCAAAAUAAUAAUGAUGAAAUGAGUUUACAUCUUGAUGAAGAAAUUACAUCGGGCCCAAGUCGUUCUACGACUGAUUUUGCAUCAUCUAUGGCUUCGUUUAGUAGUACAACUCAAAACAUAAAUGAUAAUGUUAAGAAAAUGACACAAAAUUUAGUAAAUGCUGCUAUUGCUGCCUCGGCUACUAGUGGUAUUAAGAAAUUGAAACCAAAGAGAACUUGGUCUCAAAGAGAAAAUGAUGCUCUAAAAGAAGGUUUAUUAGAUGUUGGUCCAUCUUGGUCAAAGAUUCUAGAUCUACAUGGCCCAGGUGGUAAAAUUUCUGAAGAUUUAAAAAAUAGAACUCAAGUUCAAUUAAAGGAUAAAGCAAGAAACUGGAAAUUACAUUAUUUGAAAAGUGGUAAACCACUUCCAGAUUAUUUAACUAAAGUUACUGGUAAUUUAUCAAAGGUUCCAAGAACCAAAAAAAUCAAAACUACAAAACCUUCAGAUUCAACUUCAAAACCUCAACCUUCUACAUCUUCUGCUUCGACUGAUGGCGAUACUGCAGUUGCUCCUCCAGAAGAUUCAGAAACAAAUGAUGUCGGUGUUUCUUUGGAUACCCAAUUAACUCAGGGAGAUGACGAUGAUAAUAAUAAUGAAGAUAGCGAGACUCAAAAGGCUAGCCAGGCUAAUGGUUUAUUUGGCAGUGGCAAUGACGAUACAGAAUCAUUCGAUCCAAAUUUGGAAAGUAGCAUGUGA